ACUUUUCUUUCAGGCAGUGUAAAUCCUAAAAGUGUGAUAGUCUAACGCUGGUUUGUGAGAAAACCGAUCAUCAGGAUGCGAAAAAUUGUCGCACAUUUUCCGAUUAUCCUGUGAGGCUAUUUUGAGCUAGAUUAAGAACUGUGACGUAUUACUGGGAUCUAGGUUUCCAUAUGGUUUGCUGCUUCAGUGAAUUCAUCCGGUUUUCCGUUCGGGCAAUAAGAUUUACUUGAGUUUUCCAUUGUGAUACUUGGAUAUCCUGUUUCAGUGCAGCCGACGAGUGAAUUCGAUUAUUCAGGAUUAUUUGAGUGGGUAGAAAACUUGAAAGGUAGCACAGGAAUGCAUCGCAAGUUUUCCAUGCUGUGAAUAGAUUGCGUGAAUAUUUCUCCAAAAUUCGCUUAAUAGACCCCAAGUGAAUAUUAACUGUGAAGAAUGUCCUUUCAGCGAUGCACUAGUUUGGCUAUUCAUUGGAUGAGAUGUGAAAAUAAUAGUGGAAACAUGGGAAAAAUCAUGAUGGUAGACAUCGACCGUGUCGUGUAAAGUAGCAGUAGGUGUUUUACGCCAGCAGCUGCUGAGAAGAAUAUUUUAGAUUACGACUGCCAACAAAUGAUGAUGGAAGAUCCAUUUUUUGUAGUGAAAGACGAAGUAUUCAAGGCACUUAACAAGACUCGGGGACUCUACCUGCGGUGGCGUGAGCUCAACGAUGCUCAAUCCGGUGGCACAACUGCAGAGGCUGAAUGGACAACUACCGAAUUGAAAAAUUCCUUACGUAGCAUCGAAUGGGACUUGGAGGACCUCGAGGACACUAUCAGUAUCGUAGAGAAGAACCCCAGCAAGUUUAAAAUCGACAACAAAGAGCUUUCCAGUCGACGCCACUUUAUCGAUGCAACCCGCGAUGAGGUCAAAUCCAUGAAAGAUCGUAUGAGCAUCAACCGCAAUCGGGACAGAGAUAUCACCGCGAGACAACCUCUGCUGGACAGCUGUGAUCACGGGUCGCCCCAGAAUCAAGUCAGCAAGAAUUUCAUCAACAACAACUGUAUCAUUGGAAGUGCCACCAACGUAGGCGGAUCGCACCUGAACAGCUUGAACAACAACAAUCUGAACCUAGCGGGCACUGGCAAGAAUCUGAUCAGUUCGGCUGGCGCAGCAAUGGCAGCGUCCCGGCACAGCGGAGCCAAGUACUCCAAACUGGAGAACAACUUGGACGAUAGUCCGACCCAUUAUGCUGCUUCGUCGUCUUCGGUGCUGGACGGCGGAUCGACCCGAUUCGUUGAGGACACGCUGGCCACCCAGCAGCGAAUAAUGGCCUCCCAGGACGAACAGCUGGACGUGAUUAGCGAUUCGAUCGGAACACUCAAAACGGUUUCGCGCCAAAUCGGCGUCGAGUUGGACGAGCAGGCAGUAAUGCUGGAUGAAUUCGGUAACGAACUAGAGCAAACGGAAUCGAAACUGGACUCCACCAUGAAGAAGGUGGCAAAAGUACUGCACAUUACUAGUGAACGACGACAGUGGAUGGCGAUUGUGGUACUAUCGGUGAUGCUGGUUGUUGUGAUAAUAAUUUAUAUCAUUCUUUAAGUUAUUUUAGAAUAAAACUUUAGUUAAAAUACAAAUAUGGGUUUUCUAUAGAAUCCUAUCGAAUUAUUUUUCUAUUCAACCAAAUUUCUGAUUUCAACCAAUUCGAUUUGAGUGCAUUCUCCCAGACGAGCUUGACCGGCUUAAUAAUUAUAAAUUUCUGGACUUACAUUUGUAUUCUUUAUCCACGAAAAAAAAACAAACCUUUUAACAUCAAAGGGGCUGUGACCAAAGCAAACAUUCGAAUGGGAGAACAACCAAGUCUUCGGGCAGGUCAGACGAAAUAGGCUUAUUUACAGAAAUUUUACGUUCCAUUUAUCGGCAGCAAAUAUUGUAAUAAGGAUUGUAAAAGUAGUGAGAUAGCAGUUACGCAUAGCCUAUAGGGAGUUGAUUCAACUACGAGUGGACGUAAAAUUGUAUUUUAAGACAAAACUGAAAAUGUGUGUACAUACAGUGGGCAUAUUAUGUGUGUUCACUCCAGUGCAGUGGCUCCCAAAUCGAACCUCGAUUUGGACCAAAAGCAAAACUAUUUUCCUUUAAAUCUCUGUAUAACCAUUUGGGUAGAAGCCCUCUUGUAAACGGCAUUAAUGUAUACACUUUUCGUUGCAAUCAUAUAAACGAGCACUGCAUAGUUUUCCACUCGAUCAGACCAUGGAAGAGUGCAUCUUCAAAUCACUAGAAGGAAAAAACAGAACACAAAUCUAGUCAAAUGCCUACAUUUGCAUGGAACUGAUAUAUAGAUAUAGAAAAAGGCAAACCAGAUUAUUUUCUCCCUAUUAUUCUCCCUUUUCUCAAACGAUAAUUACAGUUUCGCGGUUUAGGUCAAGAAUGAAACGGUAGGGGAGCAAUUAACAUGUAGUGGAGAAAGCGGAGAAAGUCAAACAAAACGGGAGAAAUGUGUAUGUGCAUGAAUAUAUUCAAAGCCAAAUUUAAUCAUAUUUUGAAAUAAAAAAAAAAGAAAACCAGUAGAUUCCAAUAACAAGUAAUAAUUAUGAAAAAAAGAAGAGAGGAAAAGAUGUAGAAAGAUGAUACACAUUAUUCAGAAUAGCGACAGUAAACAGCAAUAGAAAUGGGGUUUUAAAUGUUUAUUUUUUACUGAUUUUAUUGUAACGAAUAAAGUAAACAUUCAAAAUUAAA